AUGGUGCACUGCAGAGCCCAGAGCAAACCCAGUGCAGGGCUGGGGCGACCGAGCUGCGAAUAUCCCCGUCCCAGCUGGACUGCGGCGCUGAGAUGCCAGGUGGAUGGAUACAGGGAUGAGUGUGACUCUGCCCCAUCCCAGCCCCUGGGGACAGUCGCCCCCAACGUGCCCUGGGUCGAGGUUUCGUGGCCGGCAGGGAAGGCAGCGCUGAGGGAAGGCGAUGGGUUUACCCUGCGCUGCCAGGCUGCUGCCCUGCGGCCAGUCGCAAGGUACGUCUGGUCCCGCGGGGACGUGUGGCUGCCAGAAGCCGGGCAGGAUUUACGUGUUGACAAGGCAGCCGUCUCUGACGGAGGGAGCUACGCGUGCGGGGUCUGGGUCUCCGGCCCCGGCUGGGGGUCUCUGAGCCUCUCUGCGAGGGAAUCGGUCAAAGUUAAGUACGCCCCCACAUGUGUCUGCAUUACGGCAGCGCCGGGCACCAGCCUGCAAGAAGGGGAAUCGGUGACGCUAACCUGCAAUUACACCAGCAGCCUCCCCGCCCCCAACUCCUACACCUGGUACCGGGGCGGCCGGCAGCUGGAGGGAUCCCGGCGGGAAAUGGUGUUGAAGAACAUCACGGCGGAGCAGGCUGGGGAGUAUCACUGCCAGGCCGACAAUGGGAUCGGCCAGUCCCCGUCCGCCCCCAUCACCAUCACUGUGCGGUCCCAUCCGUGCCAGCCCUCCCUGGGGCACCGAAUGGAACCGGAACCCUCCCUCACCUGCUCCGUGGGGGCCACCUGCCCCCAUCGCCCCUCCUGGUACGACCGAGAUGGCGCGCGGCGGAGCCCAGGGCAAACCCAGGGCAGAGCUGGGGCCACCGAGCUGCAAAUAUCCCCGUCCCAGCUGGACCCCGGCGCGGCGCUGAGAUGCCAGGUGGAUGGAUACAGGGAUGAGUGUGACUCCAACCAGUCUCAGCCCCUGGGGACAGUCGCCCCCAACGUGCCCAGGGUCGAGGUUCCGUGGCCGGCAGGGAAGGCAGCGCUGAGGGAAGGCGACGGUUUUACCCUGCACUGCCAGGCUGCUGCCCUGCAGCCCGUCGCCGGGUACAUCUGGUCCCGCGGGGACGUGUGGCUGCCAGAAACCAGGCAGGAUUUACGUGUUGACAAGGCAGCCGUCUCUGACGGAGGGAGCUACGCGUGCGGGGUCUGGGUCUCCGGCCCCGGCUGGGGGUAUCUGAGCCUCUCUGCGAGGGAAUUGGUCGAAGUUCAAUAUUGCCACUGUCUGAGCCCCAGCCUCAUGGCCUGCAUUGUGGUUGCCAUCCUGCUCCUCGUCCUUGUUAACUUGGGGGUUUGUUACCUGCUCGUGAGAGGCCAGAGGCAGGCAGGAGACAAGGGGGCCGCGGAAGGGCUCCGCAGCCGCUGGGGGCCGAGCAGUGGGCGUGAGCUGGUUCAGGGGGUUUCCCGGCUCCUAGAGGAGGGUGAACACAGGCCGGUUGGGGUGUUGACGGUGGAGUCUCCUCGGGUUCAGGGUCCUGGCAGCGCAGAGGGGACCACGGCUCGCAGGGACCUCGGCCGGGCUCGGUGGCUGAUGUUGCUCUGGGUCAUCGCAGGAACUGACCAGCCCUUUGCUCUUUCCUCUGCUCCCCGGCGCCGCGGCUGCCCAGGGGUCACCAUGAGGCGUCUCAUCUGGCUGCUGUUCCUCCCGGGCUUCCUGUGUCAAUGUGACCCACCUGUCGAGGUCCCCGAGUCCCUGAUCGCUUGGACGGGGGCCUGUCUGUCCAUCCCGUGCCACUAUCAAGCCUGUGUCGGGACCCCCAUAAGAACAAACAAACUGAUCAUCAGCUCCCUGGCCUGGUACCUGAACCCUGUGUAUGACUCUGAGAAGAAAGAUUUCAGUGGCACCAUCCUGUAUAAACACAACGCCGCCAUCAGCCCGGCCUUCGCAGGGCGCGUGAGGUUCCUGGGGGACCUGGAGAGAGAUUGCAGCCUGCAGCUGUCUGACCUGCGGGCCAGCGAGAACGGCUCGUACGGGCUGAGACUGAUCAUCUCGAACCCCAAGCGGAAGCAGGAGGAGAAGAAGUCGAUGACUAGGAUCAGUGUGAAUGUGACAGCUUCACCUCCAGCUCCUCAAAUCCAAGCACCCGGCGAGCUCAGGGAGUCAAUCCCGGCCCAGGCAGUUUGCUCCAUAGCCUAUUACUGCCCCGACUACCCCAUAACCCUGACGUGGGUCAGUUUGGGGCAUGGGACCCCUGAGCCCACCACGAGGAUGGACAGUGGAAGGACUCAGAGCUCACUGACUUUCACGCCCACCUGGCAGGACCAUGGGACAAGUUUAACCUGCCGGCUCAGCCCCCCGGCUGGGACACCGAGCUCCGAGAGCAGCGUGGUGCUGGACGUGAAAUAUGCCCCUCAAGGAGUCCAGGUGAAAGCGACACCCGGAGAGACCAUCCGAGAGGGGGACAGACUCGUGCUGAUGUGUGUAACCAAGGGCAGCAACCCCCCGGUCUCCACAUACAACUGGUAUAAGGACUCACAGUGGCUGCACCAGGGGCAGAGGCUGGAGUUUGAAGCCAAGGGGGACGAGCAUUCCGGUUCCUAUCACUGCGAAGCCACCAAUGAAAUUCGCACGGUCCCAUCCCCAGCGCUGCGGAUAGACGUUCAGUACGCCCCAAAGGAUGUGCGUGUUGAACUGGUGACCGGCUCUCCAAUCCAGGAAGGGACCACGGUUGUGCUCAAAUGCUCCUGCAGGGCUCAUCCGCCCGUCAGCAGCUACACAUGGUACAGAAACGGGCAGCACAUCCCAGAACAAACCCAGCAGGAGCUUCGCUUCGACAAGAUCCAUCCCAACCAGUCCGGUUCCCACCACUGCAAGCCUCAGAACAGAGUCGGGAUGUCGGAGUCGCCGGCCAUUACAGUAGACAUACAGUACCCCCCCAAGGAGGUACGAAUCACCCUCCAAAACCCCCAGCGCAUCCGGGAAGGUGACGUGGUGACACUGAACUGCUUGGUGGGCAGCAGUAACCCCCCGGUGACCAAGUACAUGUGGUACAAGGAUGACAGCUGGUAUCAGGAGACCCAGGAAAGGGUCCUGACCUUCCCUGCCACAAAGGAGCGGUCCGGUAGCUACAGCUGUGAGGCUCAGAACGCGAUCGGCUCUAGACAGUCUCCGCCUGUCUCAGUGGCUGUGCAGUACCCCCCCAAGGGGGUACGAAUCACCCUCCAAAACCCCCCGCGCAUCCGGGAAGGCGACGCGGUGACGCUGAACUGCUCCGUGGGCAGCAGUAACCCCCCGGUGACCAAGUACACGUGGUACAAGGAUAACAGCUGGUAUCAGGAGACCCAGGAGAGCGUCCUGACCUUCCCUGCCACAGAGGAGCGGUCCGGUAGCUACAGCUGUGAGGCUCAGAACGCGAUCGGCUCUAGACAGUCUCCGCCUGUCUCAGUGGCUGUGCAGUCAGACGCCGUCUCCGCCCAGGCACAGGAGCCGUGCGGGGAUUGCUACCAGAUCCAGACGCCCGUCAUCGUCGGCCUGGUGCUCGGAGACCUAGUCUUCACCCUGCUCCUCAUCGCCGGGGUGUAUCACUGCACCAAACGCUGCGGCAAACCCAGGGACAACAGCGAAGACCAGAAGGUUUAUAUGAACAUGCCUGGAAGAGUCAACUGACCCUCCCCCCCCCCCCAAGUACCUAGCUGAUCCCACUCCUGCCACCAUCCUCGCCACCGGGGGAUAGACAUUCUCCGCUGAUACCAGCGCUUCCUUGCCCCAACACAUGGGACACGGGGCCUUUCCCCUCUGGGGGCGCUGGCUCCAAUCCAGUCCCAGGUCGGGGGACUGGCUGGCUUGGCGGCAGAGGGGGUGGGGUGAGAAAUGGGACACGGGGGGUGCCAGGUGCGGGGGGAGCUGCUGUGGUCAGGGAUUUGGGGUGCAGGCAGGUGGACUCUUGGCUCCCCACUGCCCCCUGCUGUUGGGUGACAGAAUCACAGGCCCUAGCCCCAGCUUGGGUGCAGCCGGGGGUUCCCAGUUUCAUGGCCAAUCCCAAGGGCUUUCCCCAGUUUGGGGGUGAAUGUAAAGGCAGUCGAUUUGGGGGCUCAUUCCCCUUUGGGGGGUUGUAAUUUAGGGGGGCUGAGCCCUGGAGGGGGGACUCUGGGAUCAGCUCAGGGGGUGCAGAAUUUAGCUCCAUUCCGAGCAGGGGAAGGGCUGGAUCGGUGGGGGAAACACUCCGAUUGCCAGAGGGACACCCCAGAUCUGGGGGGGGGAAGCUGGUGGGGGCUCACAUUGGGGGGCAAUGAAAGGGAGCCAGUGAGCUCCUGGGCUAACGCUGAGGGAGGGCCAACUUUUGGGGGUGCUACCCAGCCACCCCCAGGGAUGGGGGGAGGAAACACAAGACACCCCCCCUCUGCCCCCACCCGACCCCCAUCAGCCCCAAGCGUCAAAGGAUUUGGAGCUAGAAGCCACCUCCCUGCUUCUCUUCACCUUUCCCAUUAAAACAAAUGGGGCCUGUUUAUUUUGACUCCAGUGGUGCUUUAUUGCGACUCCCUGCAGCCCGGCGCCCCCUACUGAGCCCCCACCCUGUUCUCUGCAGCUCCAAUCCAGCCCCAGGGCAGCGACUGGCUGGCUCUCAGGGGGGUGGGGAAUGGGACACCGGGUCUUUCCCCUCUGGGGGCACCGGCUCCCAUCCAAUCCCAGGGUUUGGGUCUGGCUAGCUCAGGGGUGCAGGGAAUGGGACACGGGGCCUUCCCUCUCUAGGGGGCGCUAGCACUUUAGCCAUCUUAACUACAGGCAUGACUCAGCCGGUGUUGAGAUGCAGCCACCUCUGGGGCGAGGCAGCGGGGUAACAGCCGCACAUAACACCUCAUGGUGAUGGCUCACCAGGUGCUGAGAUAGAAUCACA